GACGAAUUUGAAGGCGAAAAGAGCCUCACCCAUUCUUGCUGAAAGGUGUCAAACCCUGCAAGGCAUUGAGUCUUGCCAGGCAACCAUCGUUUCCGAGGACCCGAACCUGGAUCUUUACAGGUAUGACGGACGUGUCACUGUCAAUGGAGAGACACUACCGCUGUCACUCGACAAUGUCAUCUACCGCGGCUCCACGGUGCGAAACACGACAGAAGCUAUCGGCAUCGUCGUGAACACGGGUGAAGAAUGCAAGAUCCGAAUGAACGCCCACAAGCACGUACGCACAAAAGCACCCGCCAUGCAGCGCGUCCUUAACAGAAUCGUCGUUUGGCUCAUAGUAGUGCUACUCGGCCUCAGCAGCGGUCUUACCUUGGGUCACUAUCUGUGGCGAGACCCCGCCGAGUCUUCUUGGUACUUCAUGGGUGAACGCAUUAGUAUGAGGAAGAUCUUCAUUGCUUUCAUACUCAUGUUCAACACACUCAUUCCGCUUUCGUUGUACAUCAGUUUGGAGAUCAUCAAGAUCAUACAGUUUUACAUGAUGGGAGACGUCGAGAUGUACGACCCGGUCACCAAUACGCCAAUGGUCGCCAACACCACAACGAUCCUCGAAGACUUGGGUCAAGUCAACUACGUCUUCUCGGACAAGACAGGCACCUUGACGGAGAACGUGAUGCGCUUCAGAAAGAUGAGCGUCGCCGGCACCGCAUGGCUGCACGAUAUGGACAUUGAACGAGACGAACACGCCAAGCAGAAGUUGAUCGAGAUGGCCCGGAAGAAGCGUAAGGGAAAAGGAAAGGAUAGGAAUCGAGAAAAGACGACGAGUGACCACGACAAUCACUCUUCGUUGACACCAGCACAAGGAAGGUCAUCCAUCAGCACUUAUGGACGAGGACGCUCUACAAGUCGGGCCCCUCAAGCCGAGCCCGAACUCAAGACGGAAGAUCUCCUUGACUAUCUGCGACGCAAACCAGAUACUGUCUUUUCCAAGAAAGCCAAGCAAUUCCUACUCUGCAUCGCUCUCUGUCACACAUGUUUACCCGAGACAAAGGAAGACGGCGAGAUCGAAUACCAAGCUGCCUCUCCUGAUGAGCUUGCUUUGGUUGAAGCUGCAAGAGAUCUUGGCUACCUCCUCAUUGACCGGCCUGCGCAAUCAGUCAUUCUCCAAAUGCCCGAAGCUGAUGGAACGAUUAAAAGAGAAACGUACCAGGUACUAGAUGUCAUUGAGUUUAGCAGUCAAAGGAAGAGGAUGUCCAUCAUCAUGCGUAUGCCGGACGGCAGAGUAUGUGUAUUCUGCAAAGGCGCUGACAACGUCAUCUUGCCUCGUCUCAAGCUGAGCGGUCUUGCCACACAAAAGGCGAGCGACGUCAACCGGAGAGCCUCGAUUCGUAGGAGUGUGGAGAGGGAAAAGGCACAACAACGCCUCAGCACAAGUGGAACACCCCGCAGCAGCUUCGUCAUUGGGAGAACGUCAAUGUCAGAUCGACGUAGCAUGAUGAAUCAGAGAAUCUCUGGUGACAUGCUCAGGCGAUCCAGCGCCGUUACCGACGACGCCGACGCAUGGAAUUCACGCAGAGGUUCGGCAGACAUCCUCUCACCCAUGAGCGCCCACGAGAUUUGGUCAUCGCCACGUCACAGCAUGGCCAUGUCAGCGAACGAGGAUGAAGUGGACGACUUCAUUGACGAGUCCGUGGCUCUCAACGAGGGCACCGUUCUCGAACGAUGCUUCACGCACAUCAACGAGUUUGCUUCGGAGGGCCUGCGGACUUUACUUUACGGUUACCGAUAUAUUAGCGAGGAUGAUUACAACACGUGGAAAAGGAUCUAUCAUGAUGCCACCACCAGCUUGGAUAAUCGACAAGAAAAGAUUGAGGCGGCUGGUGAGCUCAUCGAGGAUAAGUUCGAGCUUGCUGGUGCCACCGCCAUCGAGGAUCGGUUGCAAGAGGGCGUACCAGAAACGAUUGAAAAACUCCGUCGCGCCGAGAUCAAGGUUUGGAUGUUGACGGGAGAUAAGCGCGAGACUGCCAUCAAUAUCGGUCACUCUGCCGGCCUGUGCAAGCCAUUCUCCGAGGUUUUCAUCCUGGAUGCUACCAUGGGCAAUCUGCAGGAGUCCAUCCUGUCGACCCUGGGUGAAGUGGCCCGGGGUAUGGCGCCCCACGCGGUAGUAGUAGUCGACGGUCAGACCUUGGGUAUCAUUGAGGGAGACGAGGACCUCAGCUUCCUCUUCUUCGACCUUGUAGUGAGGGUCGACUCGGUCAUUUGCUGUCGCGCUUCUCCCUCGCAAAAGGCCACUCUCGUCAAGCGUAUUCGCCGACAAGUACCUCACUCCCUGACUCUAGCCAUUGGCGACGGCGCCAACGACAUCGGCAUGAUCCAAGCUUCGCAUGUUGGUAUCGGUAUCUCGGGCCGCGAAGGUCUCCAAGCCGCUCGCAUUUCCGACUACGCCAUUGCGCAAUUCCGCUUCUUGCAGCGUCUUCUCUUUGUCCACGGCCGCUGGAACUACCUUAGAACUGGCAGAUAUAUUCUCGCCACUUUUUGGAAGGAAAUUGUCUUUUUCUUACCACAGGCUUACUUCCAGCGUUACACGGGAUACACGGGAACGUCUCUAUAUGAAAAUUGGAGUUUGACGGUGUUCAAUACUUUCUUUACCUCACUCGCGGUUAUCUUGUUGGGCGGUCUGGAAAAGGAUUUGCAAGCUAAGACGCUCCUCGAAUUCCCCGAGCUCUACACCUUUGGCCACAAGAACCGAGCUUUCAACAUCAAGCUUUAUAUUGGCUGGACAUUCCUCGGGCUGAUCGAGUCUCUCAUCAUUUUUUGGGUGACCUGGGCGGUCUACAGCUCGCUGCCCUUCGAUCAGGACACAUCGCUCUAUGCUAUGGGAUCCGUUCCCUUUACGGUUGCUGUGGUGUUUAUCAACAUCAAGUUGCUGGUUCUUGAGAUGGAAAACAAGAACAUUAUCAUUCUGGCCGGGUUUCUCAUCUCGGUCGGGGGUUGGUUCUUGUGGAAUAUCAUUCUUUCCGCAGCUUUCCGGCCCAUCCUGCGCAUCUACCAGCUUCGCCACGCGUUCAUUCAUAACUUUGGUAGAACGUUGAGCUUCUGGACUACUAUUCUCCUUGCACUUGCGACCGUUAUCUGCUUGGAGCUAAUAGUCGACGCGAUACGUCGGGUCUACUGGCCGCGCGAUGUUGAUAUCAUGCAACGCCUCGAGAGGAAGGGCUUCAAUGCGGAUGACGCGGCCGAGGGAAUGGAAGGUGGCCACGGCGAGACCUCUGGAACGGUGUUGGAAGUUAUCAGCAGCAAGACCAAGUCGGUCUUUGGCCAUACCGAGGAGAGGCCCUCGAACCUUGACGGGGCACCUAGGCCAAGUCACUCCACCACUCGGCCUUCAUUCCACCAGGCACGGCAGUCUCGAAGGUCGAGAGACGAGUCGGCCGCCAGGUCUUCCACGCCCCCGGUUGAGGAAGCCAACUUUGCAGACCCAGAACUGACUUCAGGGCCAACAAAAAAGCCACGCCUUUCUGUGGCGACGAGGUGGUUGGGGAGUGCAAGGAACACUCCUGUGAAUGGCCCCAUUGAGCUGCGGUCAACUGGCCAAUCAUCUAGGUCGUAGGGAGGAAGAGGAGGAGGAGGAGGAGAAAAGAGGUUCGUUGUGUGUGUACAUAAUUGGCCGUCAUGAUCUAUCAUUAUGGUCACUUGGACUAUCCUUUUCGGGUUUCGGGGUUUUGGUUCUUGUUCUUGAUACCACAAAGCAUGAUGGGUUUCCCUUUUACGUUUGGCGUUUUCAGAGGUCAAACAUUAGUCGGCAGUAGAUAGCGAGGGACUGCCUACAACAGGCAGGUGUAGUAGUCUGUGUACAUACGGGGAAAGACUAUGCAAGGAAUUCAAGACUCUCUCAACUGUCA